GAUCGACCACCAGCCCGACUACAAACGCCUGCUGAAGAACCACUUGGAAGAGCGGAUGAGAGUUGUGCAGGCUGGGAAGUCAGGGCCUGAGCCGCAUGUGGCAGAUAUCACUUUGGUGCGUGACUACGGUGGGAGGCUCGAAAGUUUGAAGGCUCGCGGCCACAUGUUGCAGAGCAUCGACGUUGCGAAAGCUUACGGAAAAGAAAAGGCGAUCUUCAAGGCUGAGGGAAGACUGGCAAAGCUGGACAAGCGAUUGGAGGCUCAGUUGGAACCUGACAACCAGCUUCCGGUUCUCCGUGCCUAUGUGAUCCUCAAUCGGACAGCAGACAAGCACGGCCUGAUGUACGACUACCGUCUAGCUAACUUCGCUCUGUUUCGCUGCUGCCAGUCAAGUUCGAAACGAUUUUUCGGAGCGGCGUUGCGAGUUCGGGAAGCGCCCCAGCCUUCGGAUCUCCUUUGGGAGAACCAGGAUACGCCCUGGUGGAGUCGACUUCUGAGGCAGCUUUGCAUGUUUGUCACUUUCAUCAUCAUCUUGGCGAUUUCGCUGGCGUUAAUCUAUGUGACAACUGUGUACGGCAAAAGAGAAGCCGGCGUACAGUUGAGCUACAUCGGCAACGAGAUGUGUGAUCCUGAAACGAACUACUCCGGUGCGCCCGCAGAUGACUAUAUUUGCAUUGUGAGCACUGCGGCCAACUGGACCAAGGACUUUGCCGAGGCAGAGGGCGGCAACAUUCUGAACUGCUGGUGCGAAUCUCAAGGCUAUGCGAAGUUGGUGGAGGAUACCUCCCUCGUCACCACCUGUACGCCUUGGUUCCUGAAGACAGCGCGGGGGAUCGGCAUCAUGACAGCUGCCUCCUGCGUUGUGGUACUGAUCAACUUGGUUCUGCAAUAUGUCUUGAUCGCCAUGGCCUACUUUGAGCGGCCUUUGUCCCUGACAAACCUCAACAAGUCCAUGAUGACUAAGAUCUUUCUGGCACAGACGUUGAACACAGGUUUCGUCUUGUUCAUCGUGAACACAUACGGGCCCGACGGCAUGCGAGACGUGCUGAAGGCCAUCCCGCUGAUCGGCACCUGGUUGUUCGCGGGACCGUUUGCGGACUUGACACGCGCUUGGUACGUGGUUGUGGGAGCGACCAUCAUGGUCAACAUGCUCCUGAACAUGGUAGUGCCACCUGCAGUUACAAUAGCGAACAUGUUUGUGACCUGGCUUCUGCGACGAUGUUGCAGAGGCAGAGUGAAGCACCAUUCAGAGCUCAUCGCGUAUUACACCAAUCCGGACUUUGACAUCAAGCUAAAGUACGCCCAGAUGCUCACGACCGUGUUUGUUGCACUGACAUACUCGGCCGGGAUGCCUCUUCUUUAUCUCUUCGCCUUUGGGUACAUGUUUUUCAUGUACUGGGCGGACAAGGUCGCGCUUCUCUGGUGCUCCAAGCGGCCCCCCUUCUACGAUGCCCUGCUGCCGAAGGAGUCUUCCGAAAAAUUGUUGUAUGCAAUCGCUCUACACUGUGUUUUCGCCAUCCUCAUGUAUGGGCAACCCUGCGUCUUCCCAUCCAAUCCGGUUGGUGGUGACAUAGGAAAGCUCAUUGCGGAGGGCGAGUCAGCGGCCGGCGAGCACCUGCAGGGCUGGUGGCCGAGAUUGACCAAGGAGAGUACCUGGAUGUUCGUGGCAUGGCUUAGCUUCAUGCUGGCACUAUGGGUGAUGUGGUGGCUGGUAUGGGCCUUUCAGGAGACGAUCGGCACUUUCGGCACGCUUCUUUGGCAGCUUUGCUGCGCCUCUAAAAAAGUGGAGGACGCGGACACUAUCGCAGCCAUCCAGCGCGGCGAAUCUGUCGACAGCAUUCGUCAAAAGACGGGCAAGACGGUGGACAUCGCCGCGACGAUGACAUGGCCAGAAGCUGCAGAGAUCAUCGACCGCUGCUCUCCCCCAUCCACGUACCACAUGGAGGAUCAUCCCGACAUGCUGGAAAUCGCACACCUCAUGAAAGCCGAGUACACGCGAGGAAGUGAAGUAAAUCCGGAAGGAGGGGAGCUGCCUGUUCCACAACAUCCUGGCGACAGCUUCAGCGCGGCCAUGACGAAGUGA